AUGUCUGCCAGCCACGUGCCUGUCAUAGAGAAAAUACUGAGCGAAAUAGGAUUGCAAGCUGUUAUCGAACACUUUGCCGAGAAGAUCGAACACAAAGCCGAGAAGAUCGACGAAAAAAUUGCAGUAACGCUAAAUGACGAUCAAUUGAUUCGUCUGGGGGUGGCAACAAUCGGCGACAGAGCAAGAUUUCGCCAGUUAUGUCGCCAGCAUGGUUCAGAUUCAGCUGUCCCGCAAGUUGAAGCCUGCGAAGGAAGUUCUUCUGCACAACGAAGCCGUGCCUACAGGGAACGAGCGCUUCUUUUUAACUCAAGAAGCUCAAGAAGAUCCCAGUCUCAGCCUACAAAUGCCGCAAAGAAGAAAGAAAAAAAGCGAACUUGGACCGCUACGUUUGUAUGCUUGGCGGAUAGGCUCGCAGUCAAAGUUCCUACCUCUUCAGAAAAGCAAAUUUUGCAGAAAGCAGGUCUUGGCAUUAAAAGAAUAAAGUUCGAAGCCGACUACGACGAGAAAGCUGUUCUGGAAACUAUUACUUCAUCCGAAGUAAACAGCGAGACCGGCCAAACAAUUGGAUUUCCAAAACUGAAAGAAUGUGGCGGCUUUGAGCUAAUGAAUUGUAUAGCGAACUGCAGAAAUCUAAGCACUCUUGAUUGUUCGUGGUCCGUAAAGAGCCUUAAAGCAAAUAUUGGUGGACAAUCACGUAUAUAUUUGAGACCAAUUCAAAAAGAUCUGUGCACUCAAUCUUUAACCGAGGAAACGCCGUGCGAAAUCAAAGAAAAGUGUAACGUUUGUGGCCAAGACGUAUUAGUUCGGAAUUUGCGCACGCACGUUUAUAUGUGUGCCGAAGCGGAAAUUAUUCGCAGCGAUUCAGAAAGUGAAGAAGAGUUGCCAAGUUCUUUCCAAGUGAAUCCCCGUCCUCAGCCGCCAGAAGGGAGUUCAAGCAGUGGUAAUCCGGGGACAAGUUUAGCUACUGAUUCUGAGCAUUCGGAAAUUCAAAACUCUGACGUUCAAGAUGUCGCAGAAGAAUCUGUUGAAAGUCUCAUUUCCGAGAUCGUAGAAUAUUGUAAAUCACAAGAAGUAGUUGAUCCUGUUGAAAUUCUGAGGUACUACCAAAGAAAAUUUGUGCUUGGCAGAGAACUUGAAAUUGCCAAUCCAGAUGAAAUCUGUGAAGGAGCAACGAGUUACAUUUUAGUUGACAGAGGAAAUAUUCUGACAACCUCUUUUGAUGAAAUAAAAGAAAUCUCAAACUUAAGGUUAACUCUGCAAGUCAAUUUCUAUGGAGAGUGUGCAGAAGACUAUGGCGGGCCACGCAAAGAAUUUUUUCGCCUGGUUCUGAAUGCCAUUAAGAGCAAGUAUUUCAACAAUGGUUUGAAAAGCCACAUAUCAGAAGAUUAUGAAGUUGUUGGCACCAUCAUGGGUCUUAGCAUUCUCCAAAAUGGGAAAAUUCCAACAUUUCUCAGUGAUGAGGUGCUCGAUGAAUUAUUUGGCAGCCAAGAUCCACAACCAUGUAUUAAACACAUGAGAGAAGGAUUAUCUAAAUUGGGAUUGGUUCAGAUUGUACAGCAGCUACCUAUUAUGAAAAACCUGUUCCAUCACAAGGAAGAAGUGUUAACAGUGAAAAGACUAAUCAAUCUGUUUAAACCAACAUUCAGUGAGGAAGGAUCAAAUAAUCGUAUACUGGAGAAAUCUAUAUAUGCAGUCUUUUUGAAGUACAUUCGAGAAGUUGCAAGUGGCAGACGAGGCAGGUUGUCUCUUUCAAAUAUAUUAGAGUUUGGUACUUGUGCUGAUCAGGAGCCUAUACUUGGUUUUUGUUUGCAUCCGACAUUGAAAUUUUUUGAAGUUACCACUACUUUCAUCCCAACUGCCAAUACAUGUACCAAUUGUAUUAACCUCCCACGACCAACCGUAAAUAUACCACUUCCUGGUUCUGAGGAACUGUUCAAUCUGUUUGAUUAUGCUUUUAUGAACACAUAUUUUGGAAAUAUGUAGGUUCUUAAUGUUCUUUGUUAUACAUAUUGAAUGAUAAACCGAUUGAAUGAACAGAGGGCAUUUGAUGUUUGCGUUUUGUUACGAAACUUUAAAUAUACACCCUGUUGAGUAAUUUUGUUUUGUUAAAGAAAACAUUCCAUGUUGCGUUGUGGAUUAUUGAAAAAACGCAGCAUAAGUAAAUAUUUGAAUGUGCGAAAAUAUGACCAUGGUGAAUAGAUGUAUUUUAAAUGUCGGAAUGGUAAUGAGAGCAUACAGUAUUUAUUUGUAAUAGAUCAAGAUAUAAAAACAAAAAAAAAUCAAUGUGUUUUUCUCAAAAUACGUAUUUUUCAGUAGGGUCCUGCAAAACUAUGUUUUGAGUUUUAAAAUUUAAACUAGCUUUAAAAUUUAAACUAGCUGUGCAAUCAAAUGACAAGCAGCAUUCAUUCAUUCCACAUAUUGCUAACA